GUGCGAGAAUCCGCGGCCGGAGAGACCGCGAGCGGCCGGACCCUCGGCCGCCCUGGGCCCCCGAGGGCGGGCUAGGCGGGUCCCGGCGGGAACGAGGACGUGCCGGAGCUUCCAGGGCUUCCAGGCGGAGGGGACUUGGGAGUUAUAGGCCAUCCGGAUGCGGUGGCAUCCCAAGCGGAAGGACCGGUCGGGGAAGGGAGGAAAGCAGAACUCCAACAAUUUUUUCCCCUGAGCCUGGCCUCCACGGAGGUCGGCCCCGAAACGACCAGCUUCCGACUUCAACCUGGGCGCCGAGGAGCGCAGCCCUUUUCUUCGGCGGGAAAACGAAGUGCCCGCAGCCGUUUAUUUACGUAUUUAUUGUCGGUCCUGGAGCUUGAACUCUGUUCCUGGGCGCUGUCCCUGAACUCAGCUGGCUUUGAGCCGCGAUCCUCAGGUCUCAGCGAGGAUGACAGGUGUGAGCCGCUGGCGCCUGCCUAGCGCGCAGCCUUCAGUCUCUAACAAAGCUGUGUAGCGGGCGGGAAACACGGGAGUUGAACCUUUAUUUUGUGGUCAUUUCCACAACCAGGCGCCAAGCGCGGAACACCGCAGCUCUAGGACCCUAAAAACUCGGUCUAAUGUUGUCAUGGGGGGGGAUAUACUUCCCGUUGCUCCCACCCCAUGGAGCGCCGCCCUCUUUCCCUACACAACUAGUAGGAACAAAAGUCUCCGAUCGGUGGGCGGGACCUCUCUUAAGUGGCCCAAUGGCAGUCGAGACUCAGCCCUCCAUCAAUGACGCGGAGGAGCGGGCGGAGUCCUCCGCCAGACUUGAAGCUUCCGGAGAAGCACGGCCGGUGCUUGUCGCUUCCUGAACCCAUGUGGCGGGCACUGUGGGCCCGGGCGGCCCGUGGGCCAGGCAGCCGUAAAGCCCACUUCCCGGGCGUCUCCCGGCCGCUGAGAGCCCAGAGCCCGUCCGCCCCGGGACGCGGCCUCCUCUCCCGCGCGGGGCUGAGCACCGCGGCCCUGGCCUCCGGCUCCACCAUCUUCGCGCUGAGCUCCGGCCAAGGCCGCUGCGGCGUCGCGGUGAUCCGGACCAGCGGUCCCGCCAGCAGCCACGCCCUCCGGAGCCUCUCGGCGCCCCGGGACCUGCCCCCUGCCCGGAGCGCCCGGCUGCGCCGGCUCAGCGACCCACGCUCCGGCGAGCCGCUGGACCACGCGCUCGUGCUCUGGUUCCCAGGUCCCCAGAGCUUCACGGGUGAGGACUGCGUGGAGUUUCACGUGCAUGGAGGACCGGCGGUGGUGAGCGGCGUCCUGCAGGCCCUGGGCAAUGUACCAGGGCUGCGGCCAGCAGAGGCAGGAGAGUUCACCAGACGGGCGUUUGCCCACGGCAAGCUGAGCCUGACUGAGGUGGAGGGGCUGGCGGAUCUGAUCCAUGCAGAAACUGAGGCACAACGGCGACAAGCCCUGAGGCAGCUGGAUGGGCAGUUGGGCCAACUCUGCCACAGCUGGGCAGAGAUCCUCACCAAGGCUCUGGCCCAUGUAGAGGCCUACAUCGACUUCGGGGAGGAUGACAACCUGGAGGAGGGUGUGCUGGAGCAAGUGGACAGGGACCUGCAGGCUCUGGAGGCAGCACUGGGCACUCAUCUACAAGAUGCCAGGCGUGGGCAGAGGCUGCGCUCAGGGGCUCAUGUGGUGGUUGCUGGACCUCCCAACGCUGGCAAGAGCAGCCUGGUGAACCUGCUUAGCCAGAAGCCUGUGUCCAUCGUGUCCCCAGAGCCAGGAACCACACGUGAUGUGCUGGAGAGCCCCGUGGACCUGGCUGGAUUCCCUGUGUUGCUGAGUGACACGGCAGGGUUGCGGGAAGGUGUGGGGCCUGUGGAGCAGGAGGGUGUCAGACGUGCUCAUGAGAGGUUAAAGCAAGCUGACCUCAUAUUGGCCGUGCUGGAUGCCUCAGACCUGGCUUCUCCCCAGAGCCGCUGUUUUCUGGACAGCAUCAUAACCCCCUUCAGAGCCCAGAGCCCCACUGGCAGCAGCCAGCGCCUCCUGUUGGUUCUGAACAAAUCUGACCUGCUACCCGAGGGCCCAGGUCCCUGUCCUGCCCUGCCUCCCUAUCUGCUGCUGUCCUGCCUGACAGGAGAAGGUCUAGGCUGCCUCCUGGAAGCUCUGAAGAGGGAGCUGGCUGCCGUGUGCGGGGAUCCGUCCACGGGCCCACCACUGCUCACUCGGGCCAGGCACCACUACCACCUGCAGGGCUGCCUGGGGGCACUGGGCUGCUAUCGGCAGGCGGGAGACCUGGCCCUGGCAGCCGAGGCUCUACGCGUGGCCCGGAGGCACCUGGCCCACCUCACCGGCGGCGGGGGCACCGAGGAGAUCCUGGAUGUUAUCUUCAGGGACUUCUGUGUGGGCAAGUGAGGUGUUAGCCGAGGCCCCCUGAUCCUCACACCCAGGAAGGACGCCCUUGGGCUGUGAGUGCCCCCUCAGGCCCUUGCAGGAUCUGGGCCAGGUGUGGGAGAGUUGUGUGCUUGGGCCCCUGGGAUUGUGUGUGCUUGGGACAUGAACCCCACUGAGCUGUACCCCUGUUCUGUGCCCACCCUGUGUUGGGUGUUUGUAACAUGGGGCGUAGUGGGAAUUCUCCCCCAGUCUCAGAAGAGAAAUGAGGCCUCAGAGUGGAGACUGGAAGGAUACAGGUCUGCUGACUAGGCUCUGCCCAGGGCCUUCUGUGCAGUGGACGAGGUGAGGCACAGAUACGGAGCAGCCGGGCUCCUAACUGGGCUCUGCCCGGGGCCUCCUGUGCAGUGGACACAGUGAGGGACACACGAAGCAGCCUGGCUCCGGCUCCUCUGCAGAGGAAGCAGCUGCUGCAGCCCCCAGGCCUCUGCACUGGAAAACAGGGAAGGCCUUGUGUGGAGCCUGAGGUGGUGGUGAGUGGCCAGCAGAGGGCACCCUGUCCUAACAGGAGUUACCCCAGCCUAUUGUGAAGGACUAACCCCCUCCACGGGGGCCAAGGGUCCCUUACAGCAUUGAGGGCACCUGAAGGGGGUGCUCCGGUCAUGGUGGGCUGCCCCAGGGUGGGCAUUUCUUUCCUGGAGCUCAUUUCUCUGGAAAUAAAUUGAGCUCUGGAGGAGGAAAACAGCUCUUUGGUCCUGGGGCCAGGGCAUGGCACUGUGGUGGGCCCAGCCUGGCAUGGUUGGGGCCCUAGGUUUCAACCUCCACUGCAAAACAAUAGGAUGUGGUUGGGCUCCAGGUGGGGCCAGGCCACAGGGCUGGGAUGCUGAGCCCUGGGCGGACGCAGGCUCCACCCCCACCCCCAGCCCUGCAGGCUCUGGCACACAGCUGGACCCAGCGCCUGGUUUCCAAGAAGGGUGGGUGGUUUGUGGGAAGCAGCGGGGGCUAUUUAUAGAGGUCACAGGAAAUCCCCACAGAGUCAGCGCCUCACCCCAGGACGCUGGGCCUCAGGGUUAGGAAUCUGCCUGUGGCUCCCUGCUGGCAUUUCGGCCCUGCUGGCCCACAGAGGGCACCAGCCAGGACCCCAGCGGCAGAAGUGGGGCUGGAGAGUGUGAAGGUGCAGGUUUGGGGCCCUCGGGGGAGAGGAGGCUGCCUAGGGGUCAGAGUGUCAGCCAAGACAAAUGGUGCUGGCUCCGGGCAUGGCGGCCAUACCUACAACCCCACCCUUGGGGAGGCAGGGACAUCCAUCUUGGAGCCCAUAAGAGGCCUGGUCAUGGGUUUCAGAGAUGAGUCCCAGGUUCAAGUCUUACCACAGACUGUCUCAACAAGUAUUUUCUCAUCCAAGAAAUGGGUACGAUGGCACCAUUGGAAAAGAGGGAAAGGACUGGAAAGAGGAAAGACUUAAGUCUGCAAAGGUUGUCCACAUGUCCUGUCUCUAGCGAGAGAACCACACAGAAGCCUCCAAGCACGG